GUCACCUUCACUGUCGCAAUCACAAUCCUGCGACAACGAUGGCUCCAGCAUCAGACGUAGGAGACGACGACCCAGUGGUUGCAGAGUACGAUGUCUACAUCACACCUGAAGCAGAGGAGCAGCAACUUUACGUCCUGCAAUAUCUGAACAGACUGCCCGACCAGCCCUUCACGAAAGCUACCGGUAGCCUGCCUGCCGAAUUGCGAAUGAAGAAAGAGUCUGGGUUCAUCGAAGUUGACGUCCCCAUCAACAUUCGCCAAAACUACAACCGAGUAAACGGUGUACGAUGGGGCGAAGCCAUGCGCAAGACAAAGGGUUUCGGGCAGAAGGCCUAUGGUAUUGCUUCUGGGUUCGAGCGAACUAUGCCGCGCACUGGAAACAGGCCUGGCGCCGAAGGGGCUCCUGCUGCGCCUGUAGUGACAGCGGAGGACGAUGACAACUUUGAAGAAUACGUUACACAUUUCGAAGAUGCCAACGAAAAGGGCCACGUACUCAAUGCGCAGACUUUUGGCGGACAGAUCCAGAAUGAUGAUGGCAAAGGCCCAAGCUACAUGCUGGGAACGUUCCGCGAUGACCAGCUUCAUCUAACACGCCUGAAUGGAGUCGUCCAGCUUCGAACACAAUUCCACCACAUCGAUGCUUCCGCGCAAUUGGAGGCAGUCGCACGGCGACGCGAGAAGGAGUCGCAAGAAGGCGCAAAGCUAGCAGAGCCCAAAGCUUUUAUCCCCACCGUGAAGAAGGCUGGCGGCGACACAGCGGCCGAGCUGACACAACAGUUCAUGAAGGCUGCGAACGUGGAGCUGUGGCAUAAGCUGCAGUACUCGGAUGAGGAUUCCGAACUUGCUUACGACUCCUAUUCUGAACGCCUCUUCUUGCCGACCACCAUCGAUGCACCAAAGCUACGGUCGAAUCUCAGCAACGACCAGUUUCUCGACGUCAUGAGCGCACCUUCAGCCGGCAAGGGCGCAAAGCGGAAGAACUUGACAAAAGAGAAAGAGCUAAUCGAGAUCUCAGACGAGUCAGAUGAGGAAGAUGAGACCGUGAGUUAGUAAAAUUGGAUUUAGCAAGCAUUGCCUCGGAGUUCGCAUUGCAUUUUACUAGGAAAGAUAUAUCGAGAUACCCAGCAGUCUUACUGCACAGUCAGACAGGCAUCCAGUGGUUUCAGACAUUGUGAAUGAUACUGUGCUAGCUCGUGGCACGCGAC